AUGCAUGAUGCAGAACUAUGCAAACAACCACCAUCAUCAGCUGAGUUAUUUUCUUUCUGGGGCCUAAAAGAAGGCAAUGGCUCUUGGAGAUCUUUGGCGCCUUGCCAUAGGAAAUUCACCAGUUUGUGGGACGCAAGGAGUUAUGGAUGGGAACUGAAUGAGAGAAUUGAUUUCAAUUGGAAGAAACUUUUACAAAAGAAGACACAGGAAAUAAUUAGAUUAAAUGGAAUCUAUAAGCGGUUACUUGCAAAUGCUGGAGUUAAAUUAUUUGAAGGAGAGGGAAAAGUUGUUGGUCCUAAUGAAGUUGAAGUGAUCCAACUGGAUGGCACCAAAAUAAGCUAUUCAACAAAACACAUUCUGAUUGCAACUGGAAGUAGGGCUCAACGUCCAGCAAUUCCGGGACAGGAAUUGGCUAUAACGUCUGAUGAGGCAUUGAGCUUGGAAGAGUUACCUAAGCGAGUCGUUAUACUUGGGGGAGGGUACAUUGCUGUUGAGUUUGCUUCAAUAUGGUGCGGGAUGGGUGCAUCAGUGGAUUUGUGCUUCAGAAAGGAGCUCCCUUUAAGAGGUUUUGAUGACGAAAUGCGAGCAGUGGUUGCAAGAAAUCUAGAAGGCAGGGGAGUUAAUAUUCAUCCCAGGACAACCUUAACUGAGCUAGUUAAAACUGAAGAUGGUAUAAAAGUACGCACUGAUCAUGGUGAAGAAUUGCUGGCAGAUGUUGUACUCUUUGCCACUGGUAGGGCACCUAACACAAAGAGGUUGAAUCUGGAAGCUGUAGGCGUUGAACUUGAUAAGAAUGGAGCCAUGAAGGUUGAUGAAUACUCUCGUACCAACAUACCUAGCAUAUGGGCUGUAGGUGAUGUUACAGACCGAAUGAAUCUUACACCUGUUGCAUUAAUGGAAGCAACCUGUUUUGCGAAAACUGUUUUUGGUGAACAACCCUCAAAACCUGAUUACAGCCAUGUUCCUUGUGCUGUGUUCUGCAUACCACCACUGUCUGUAGUUGGUCUCAGUGAGGAACAGGCCAUAGAGCAAGCAAAUGGUGACAUUUUAGUCUUCACAUCAACAUUUAAUCCAAUGAAGAACACAAUUUCUGGGCGUCAAGAGAAAACGGUUAUGAAGCUCGUCGUUGAUGGUGAGACUGAUAAAGUCCUUGGAGCAUCCAUGUGUGGACCAGAUGCAGCUGAGAUCAUACAGGGCAUUGCUGUUGCACUCAAAUGUGGAGCAACCAAAGCACAAUUUGAUAGCACGGUUGGCAUACAUCCUUCUGCUGCAGAAGAGUUCGUGACCAUGCGAUCGGUCAGUAGGCGGAUCGCGGCUGGUAAACCGAAGACCAACCUAUAA